AUGCGGCACCACCCGAGAAGGGAGGCUACGGAGCCCCACCAGACCAGUCACAGCAAUACUUUGCGCCUCCACCGGGCGGCCAAUCCUACCCUCCUCCGCCCUCGUCGCCCCCCCGCACAGCAGCAACAGCAGCAACACUAUCCGCCCCCACCCGCCGGCGCACCGCAACAGCAUUUCUCACCUCCUCCCGACCAUCACACUCAACAACAACACUACCCUCCACCUGGCGGUGCCCCUCCGCUGCAGAGUCCCUAUGGCGCACCGAGUCCGAGCCCGCAUCCGGGCAUGCCGCCGCAGCAAAUGAGCCAGCAAUAUGUACAGCAGCAGGAGAAGCAGCCGCAGGUGCAAGUACAGCAGGCACCGAGCCAGCCGCAAUUUGCGGGCGCGGGAAGCACGCAGACGGAUGAUGUGGGCACAUUCAAUGGUGGGAGCUAUAGGCUCGCAGGCCACGAGCAGUGGUCCGUUGGCAAGGACGCAUUCCUCGCGUGCACGCAGGGCAUCGUCACAGAGUACAAAUCGCAAGGAUUCGGAAAAGCCAUAUUCUCUGGCGAGGGACUUUUCGUGUACAAGAUCAGCGGGCAAGGGAUAUUGUGGGUCACGAGUUUUGGCGCGAUUAUUAGGAAGGAUUUACAAAAGGAUGAAAAGUACUACAUCGAUAACCACCACCUGGUCGCCUGGAACUGCAAGUACGUGCUCGAGCGCGUGGCUUCUGGAGGUAUCAUUUCGAACGUCACGGCGGGCGAGGGGUUGGUGUGCAAGUUCACCGGACCGGGCACCGUGUUCAUGCAGACGAGGAAUCCGAGGGAAUUUUCGGCGUGGUUGGCGGGGCAGUCGAUUCAGAACCCGUGA